AUGUCUUCCAUUCCAUUGUUCCUCCUUUUUCUGUCAUUGGUAUGUGCCGUUCAAGCAUUGAGUCCUAGUUCUAUGGAAAGCGGCGUCUCCCGACGAGGAAUGCUCCAACAAGGUGCUUCAAGUGCCGCAGCAGUCGUUGCCGCAUCAGCAGGAUUCCUUCCAUCCGUUGCUUCGGCUACUGCCACUGCGGAACAAAAGCCAAAAUUGACCAAUUUAUCCAACGCCGAACUAUCCAAAAUCAUUACCGAAGACGUCACCACUCGACAAUUUCUAGCCUCGGCAGAUUUGACCCGUGAGAUUUACGACGAAUCGGCAAUGUUCACGGAUGAAAUUGAUACCUACACACUCGACAAAUGGAUCAAGGGAACCAAAAAACUCUUUGUACCAUCCAAAUCGGAAGUCACUUUGAUUCCGGAUACAUUGAAAGUGACGGAUUCCGAGGCAUCCUUUCGAUUCUCGGAAUAUUUGUGCUUCAACAUUCCAUUCAAGCCCGUCGUCUACUUGUCGGGAACCUUGAUUUUGAAGCGGGACACAUCGACUGGAUUGAUUACUUCCUAUCAAGAAAAAUGGGAUCAAGAUGUAAACACGGUGCUGAAAUCGGCCAAGUUUGGAUAA